UUUUCCCAACUUUUAUUUUUCUAAAAAAUAUUUUUCAAUUGAAACUUUGAGCAAGUUUCUUCUACCCUGUGACCUAGGUAUCGUUGAUUCACCACAACCCACCCUUUGCCCACUACGAUCAACGGCCUGGUGUGUUGACCCUGGCACCGAGUAAAUCUCUUCCAUUCUCAACUUUUGUUUUCAAUUUCUCUUCCGGUAACCCUGGAAUCGAAGAAACUCGCGGCCUCAUGCACUUCUUCCCCGAGGAAUCUCCUCCUUCUCUCCUGGUUUGACGGAAACCACUGGCACGUGUUCUAGGAGUAUCAAAUCACAUGCCAUACGCCAAUUUCUGCCAAUUCUGUGGUUCGUUUAUUCAACAUAUUCUUGAAAUGUAUAUUGUGAGAAUGGAUUCAAUGGAAGAUCUCUAUAGUGUUUUGAUUUUCUUCGAUGAACAAAAAUCCACAGACGCGUUCUACACUCAUUAUAAUGGUUGAAGUUUCUCAUCUCUCGAGGUUGAGGUGUCGUGUUGUUUUUACAUUAGAUGUGCAGUAUACUGGCUCGAUUGAACUUGCACAACCUUCCAAUGUCACUUCAACUGAACACCAACAUGUUCAGUUUACCUUGGUAUGUCACCAUUGCCAACAGCAAGCUGAAAAAUCUAUAUGUUUCAUUUGUCAAAGUCAAACCACUGAGAACCUUUGGAUAUGUGUUAUAUGUGGUUUUGUUGGUUGUGGAAGAUAGUGAAGAAAUACACUGAGUUGCUUGCUACUCAACUUGGAAAUCAAAAAUUGGUGAGUGUAUUCCACUUGCCAUUUGCCGUAUAUCUGCCUAGAUUUCCUCCUGUCUUGUACAGAUUUUAAAUUAUCAUUCAAAACUGUUUAAGUGUAGUAUUUUGAAUCCUUACUUUGACAAGUAGAACACGAAACUGAAGGAAAAAUUUAUGUAGCUGUUCAAAAGGCUGCGAGUCUAAAUAGAAAAAGGUUCAGUCCAAGGUUGAUAGAUGUAACAAAGAGAAGAAGUUUUUGGAUGAGGUAAGUUUAAUUCAUGCUUGACUUGUUCUAUUAUCUUUUUCUUGGCCAUAUGAACAUAUUGGUAGGUUUUAUUUAUACGAAUGGCGUGUAUUGUUGAUUUGUAAAUCUAUAUCUUUUAUGAUUAAUUAAUAUAUUGUUUAAAAAUGUUUUAUAUCUUGUUCCUGUUUAUAUUAAUCAUGUAUCAAUCAUAUGAAUAUCUUGCUGAUUUGUUGCCUUGUGAAUCAUAUGAUUAACUUCUUAGUUAAUAUCACCUAUCUAACUGAAACACAUUUGAGAUUAGCCCUUCACUUAAUAAUAUGCAAAAAGAAAUUGUUCUAUACUGUAUGGCAAUGAAGAUCAACAUCUCUUAGGAACUAUCACUUUAGAGUCUUGAGUAAACAAAAUAUUUUUGUUGUAAACUUAAUAUACACGUUCAUAAUUGAAGCUUCAGUUCUGUCUUCCCUUAUAAAUAAAACAGAAUCCUUAUAAUUGAAGCUUCUAUUAUAUUUUCUUUUAACAAAUAAGACAAAAGUUUCUAGUGAGUCUUAAUUAACAAAGUUUUAGCUUAUGCAUUUAGAAAAUGUAAAUGACUAUCUGACAUGUAUCUGAUCGACAUUGUAAAUGACUAGCAGAUGUUGUAACUUGAAACCAUCCUGCUAAAGUCUAAUAAUUUUUAUUGUACUAUUCAUUUGCUACAAGAAACUAUCUUGCUUUAGUCUAACAAUUUUUAUUGCAUUCAUUUGCUCCAAGAAACUAUCGAGGCUCAAUUUUUCUAGUUACUUUAUAGCAGUACAAAACUAAUAAUGACUAUUAUACUAAACAUAUAAAAUAAUGUUACAUCAUCUCUACUAUAUAUCAUGCUACAUAUAUUGUCAUAUUGUUUUUUUUUUAUAUUUAAAGAGUAAUGAUUUUAAAUUAAUUUUGUCUAUGAUAUUGACAUCAAGAAAACUUCACGAUGUCGACAAUUUUCUUACUUUUAAAUUGUAGUUGUACAAUACAAUUAAAACUAAAUAUAAAUGCAAGUGAAUCUCUCACCUAUAGUAGCCUAUGUUUAAAUCUAAAUAUAAAUGCAAGUGAAUCCCUCACCUAUAGCAGCCUAAGUUUAUUACUAUAUAUAAAUGCAAUAGAAUCCUUCACCUAUAGUAUUGUCGCCAUCACUUUUAUAUAAUAAUAAUAAUAAUAAUAAUAAUAAUAAUAAUAAUAAUAAUAAUAAUAUUAAUAAUAAUAAUAAUAAUAGUAAUAAUAAUAAUAAUAAUAAUAAUAAUAAUAAUAAGGAUUAAAUAUGUUUUUGUCCCUUAUAAAUAUUUCAAUUUUGCCUUUUA